UCGCGCUGUGUUAGCAGUUCGAGGCACAGAAUAGAGAUAUUCUGUGUGGGAACAUUGGUGCUAGAGAAGGUUUGGGCUGAGAACGCUGUGAUCCUGUUCCAAGAUGAAGGCCGUGUUGCUGUUUUGUGUCCUUCUUGGACUCGUCAUUUCAACCAACGGUGCAACUGUCGAGGAAAACACCAACGAGGUGGCGGAGAAGAGUGUUCCGGAAGAGGUUGAUGUAGAGGAAGAUUCUGCAAGCGAAGAAGAGGAAGACCCAGAAGCAGAAGAGCCCUCUGAAGACGAGGAAAGUGAUGCUACAGAACCGGAAGAGGAAAAUGAUGCUACAGAACCGGAAGAGGACACUGAAUUAUCUGAAGACAAUUCUGAGCAAAUAGCAAAAGACGGCUCUGUAUCAGAUCCUGCAUGGCGCAGACGGAGCUUCCGCAGAAGAUCUUGGCGCCGACGUAGCUUCCUCAGAAGAUCCUGGCGAAGACGUAGCUUUCGCAGAAGAUCCUGGCGCAGACGUAGCUUCAUCAGAAGAUCCUGGCGCAGACGUAGCUUCCGCAGAAGAUCCUGGAGCAGACGUAGCUUCCGCAGAAGAUCCUGGCGCAGACGUAGCUUCCGCAGAAGAUCCUGGAGCAGACGUAGCUUCCGCAGAAGAUCCUGGCGCAGACGUAGCUUCCGCAGAAGAUCCUGGCGCAGACGUAGCUUCCGCAGAAGAUCCUGGCGCAGACGUAGCUUCCGCAGAAGAUCCUGGCGCAGACGUUACUGGCGCAGAAGAUCUUGGCGCAGACGUUCUUGGCGCAGAAGAUCUUGGCGCAGACGUUCUUGGCGCAGACGUUUCGGAAAAUAAGCAAAGUACUGGUUAAGAUACUUUUUUGCUCCCUAAUUAUGUUUUCCAUUUUUAACUUUUGUACAUUUGAAGCUGUUGACCAAGGUCAGUAGAGAAUGA